GUGCAGAACAGCAGCAUGAUUAUUUGUUGAAAUUUUCAUGGUGUGCCUGCUAUGCGUUCAUUGUAUCUUGAUUUUAAGCUUAUAACACCAUGAAUAAGGAAAAGUUCUAGUCACAAAUUCGCUGUGUUGCAUAGUAUUAUAAAGUGCUUUUGCGGGAAAACGUGUAGAUACACAAAAUUUACAUUAACACGUUAGAUUAAUGAGAAAAAAUGAAGACCAAAGCAAUUAAUAAUCGUCAUUGGAAAUCCGUAGUUUAUUGGAUCAGGCUUUUAGUAUUUUUUGCCUCUAUCUGCUUAAGUCUAAGUGCGUCCAGUGAUCCCUACUCAAUUCUAGGGGUACAUAAACGAGCAUCCAUGCAGGACAUACGUCGUGCUUAUAAACAAUUGGCAAAGGAAUGGCAUCCUGAUAAAUCCAAACAUCCCGAAGCUGAAACAAGAUUUGUAGAAAUCAAACAAUCCUACGAAUUGCUAUCAGAUUCGGAACGUAGACGAGCCUUUGACCAAUAUGGAAUAACAAACGAAGAUGCAGUUCUCGAUCAUAAUCGUCCAGAAUAUAAUAAUUAUGGUCGUUUCAAGGACACAUUUGAACAUUUCUAUGGAGCACAUAACUUCAAUUAUCAUGAUCAAGAUAUUAGUUUGUAUCAUCGCCUUUCAAUUACCACAAAAUACUAUGAAACCAACAUUGUACCGAAAAGUCGUCAUACACCUCAGAUACUCAUGUUUUACGCCGAUUGGUGCUUUGCAUGCAUGAAAGCUGCAAAUUCUUUCAAAAAGUUAAUAGACACGCUUGAACCAUAUGGAAUUACUUUUGCCACUGUUAAUGCCGGCCACGAAGAACAACUUGUAAGAAAAGUCGGUGUACACUCGCUACCAUGCGUAAUUAUGGUGCUAAAUGACCAUAAUUAUGUUUACAAAGAUAGUGUUUUCAAUCCACAGCACGUUGUGGAUUUUAUAAGACAAAAAAUGCCUUAUAAAUUAUUGACGCCUGUUACAGAUAAUACGCUUGACAAAUUUUUGAACGGAUGGGUUGAUAAUCGGGUUCGUGCUCUAAUUUUAGAACCAAGAAUGCAACCACGACUACGUUAUCUUAUAACUGCAUAUUACUUUCGCGAACGAGUAGUAUUUGGGUUUGUUGAACUUAACUCUAAAGAAACUGCAUACAUUCAAGCUAAAUUUAAAGCGCAUCCUGAACUUGAUACAUUACUUAUUUUUAAUGAAUUUCCGCCUCAACCAAUUGCGACGGUCACAAUGUCUGAUAUUCCUUCAACAACGUUGAACAAUAUUAUUUCACUCAACAAAUAUCUCAUACUUCCACGACUUUCAUCCCAAGACAUGCUGGAAAGUGUAUGUCCAGCUGAAUGGAAUCGCCCUCGUAAAAAAUUGUGCGUUGUGUUAGUCACUGAAAAUACCAGAUUGCAUGAUGGAGCACGUACUGUAAUGCGUAAGAUAGCUUUAGAAUCUCUUUAUAAUCGAGAGAAAGUACGGUUUGCUUACAUCUAUCAAGAAAAACAGAAUGAUUUCAUCAGCGCUUUUUCAAAACACAAUCAAUCGAAAGAAACACUACUGCAGAUUAUUAUCUUUUGGCGUCGAGAUACCAAACAUAUUCGUUAUGAAUGGGUCGAUCAAACUAUUCUCGAAGCAGAUAAAGUCUUAGAAAACGACUCACACGAUCAAUAUUUCAACAAUACAAAACAAAAACUGGAUUCAAUAAUUCAUCGCUUGCUACGAUCCACGGAAGCGCUUAGUUUUGAAACGGAAGUCAAGGAUCUAUUUGAUGAGAAUUCGGAAAGCUCGAUUAUGCGCAUGCUAAACCGCAUCAUUCUGGCAUUAGAAUACAUUUCAGAUAAUUUAGGACACGAACAUAUUCUUCCAGCGAUAUCUGUUCUUGGUACCGUAACCUUUAUUCUUAUCAUUGGAUAUUUAAUGUCCUACCUGCUACAUUUAGAAGAAGAAGACAUCCAACUUAACAAAAGCAAACGCUUGGAAAAUUCAAACGGAAAACGUAUCAGUUAUAUACCAGAGCUGCGAUUACAUGAAUUACGCGCUGAAAAAUACAAUGGACUGGUUCGUCUCCUAAAGCCGGGGUGUCGCACUAUAGUAUUACUUACAGAUUUACAAUCGCGAUCGAAAUUGAUUCCUUCAUUUCAUAAAGCAGUGUGGCCAUAUCGGAAGAACAAAACAUUAAUGUUUGCACACAUGUUGAUUGAAAAAGGGAUUGGAUGGUAUGCAGAAUUAUUGCGUUUGUCGUUAUCUGAAUGUCGCGAAAUGAAUAUUAAUCCUCGCAACUGUAUUGGAACAGUUGUAGCUUUAAAUGGACAUCGAAAAUAUUUUUGCAUGUAUCAUGCUAAACAUCCGGAAUCAAAUCGAGGAGCAAAGAAAGGACAAUUGGGGCGGUCCCGUGGUACAGUCGUCAUUUCGAUUUUGCUGAGUCCAUAA